UUUAACAACAGAACGCACUUGCAUCUCUCUMACAACCAACUAUCUGGCACCAUUCCUGCUUCGUUUAAGUCCGGUGAGCGCAUCCGACCAAUUCGUAAGUAACCAAAAUUCAAAGCAAUCAUGUAUGAAUCUAUUGCGAUUGCAGGUUGUACUAGGUCAGAACUAACUUUUGUUUUCUCACUCAAAAUUUUGUUUGAAAUCGAGAGCAGAAUAUAUGAAUCUUUAUUCGAAUCAACUGACGGGAACUAUCCCGGAGAGUCUGCGUUUUCGCAAGUUAGUUCACGCCGAUUUUGGCCGUAAUCAAUUUUCCGGUACUCUUCCCGACGACUUUGGUCUGAGAUCGGUUUCACUCCGGUUUUUGUACAUGGAUCAUAACGAAUUCACUGGAACGAUCCCAUACUCCUACACAACAGUUGGUAACGGGCGAGUGGAGGCACUCGCCUUUAAUCACAACCAACUUACGGGAUGGGUUCCAGGAUACUAUCAACACUACAAACUUCGUGAGUCUUGACUUCCUCCGAUCAAUCUACAAUUUUAGCAUUGGCAUGAAUUCUCACCCCCAUAAUCUUCAAAUUUUUUCCGCGGCAUCCUUUAAAAAUAUUCUCCAACAAAUCUGAAACACUAGUUGAGCUGAAUCUCCACAAUAACACCUUUACGGGCGUAGACUGGGAAACCUGCAGACAAGGUGUCUUCGAUACUGGCGAGAUGGUACGUAUAAACUCAUAGUUUCUGGUAUCAUUGACCACUUUGUAUAGUCAAAUGUCCACGAGAGUCAUUGCGUUAGAGGUGUGGUGUUUUCCUGAAUUUUAUCGAAUGCGUUCUUUAAAGACUCGUUGGUGAUUAAAUCAUUUCUCUCACUUGCUUGGUGCACCAUCAUUCUUCUGUAUACGGUUGUUAGGUCGAAUUUACUGCGGAUUGUGACGUCUGCAUCUGCGAUCCGUAUUGUGGAAAGUGCAAGAACAAGUGGUGACUGCCAUUGAAAGGUUCGAUUUGAGAGAUGCAGAAGAAUCACCUAGAUUUUCGUACUCGUAUCAAGUAGUAGAAUGACAUAAAAAAGUCAACUAUCGGCUGGUGCGAGGACACCUAAUUGUCUCU